AUGAUUAUAGUUUUAGUACUUAUUCAACCUGACCUAAGUAAAGCUUUUAUCAUUCAAAUAGAUGCUUUAGAUGAAGAAUUAGAAGUUGUACUUAUUCAAAAAAAUGAUCAGAGACUUAAACAUUCAAUAGCCUAUACAAGUAGAAAAUUAUCUGACUUAAAGCUAAAAUAUAUUACCACUGAAAAAGAAUAUCUUGCA